CCCUUCCUGGAGGUGGUGAGACGGGACGGGGGCAUAGCGGGGUGCCUGGUAGGGGGGGAGGAGCAUCGGGUGGCGGCACACGCCGAUGACAUGCUCUUCCUCCUCGAACAGCCAAGAAUCUCGCUACCGAACCUACUAGAGGCCUUCCGACUUUAUGGCGUAGUUUCUAACCUGAAGCUCAACCUGGCCAAGUCGGAACUGAUGCCCCUCACACGUGAUCCGGCCCUUCAUAGACACAUCCAGGCACACUUCCCCUUCCGGAUUUGCUUGACUAAAUUGCGGUACCAGGGCAUCUGGCUACCGUGUGACCUAGCUCAAGCUUAUUCCAUGAAUUAUGUCCCCUUACUCACAGCCCUACAACAAGAUAUGAAGCGCUGGGCACCCCAAUAUAUAUCCUGGUUCGGACGCAUAAAUGCCAUUAAAAUGAAUGUUAUGCCCCGUAUAUUGUACCUGUUCCAGACGAUCCCGGUCAUUGUCCCACGGAACUUCUUCCAAACGUUGUCGUCCGCCUUUAAGCAGUUCGUAUGGAACCAGAGACCCGCUCGCAUUCGGCAAUCGAUCCUGGAACGCCCUAGAAGUGAGGGAGGCAUGGGCUUGCCUUCAGUCCUUACUUAUUACCGAGCUACACACUUGUCUCGUUUAGUGGAUUGGCAUGCAGCCCCUAGCGGGAAACGGUGGGUAGACAUGGAAAAGGAACAGGCGGGGGGAGGUAAAAUACCGUCCCAGCUGUAGCUGGGAGAUGCCACGUUUCAGGAACUGCGAACGGGCAACCCGUUGGUGGAUGCAACUCUGAAGGUCUGGUGUGGCAUCCGGUACUCUCAACAACUCACGUCCUCGCCGAAUCCACUUAUGCCCGUGACGCAUAACCCAAGACUUGCAGGUGGACUCUCCCCGGGUGAUCUGAGGAACUUUGGGGCCACGGACUGGACCUACCUACAUCAAUGGUGCAAUGGUCCGAGCCUUAAAUCGCUGGCCGCACUACUCCAAGACCGCGGACCCAGCGUUCUGGACAAUUUCCGGUACUAUCAGCUUACAACCUAUGUAACCUCGCUAGCUGGGAAGGCGCACCUCCACCGCCCACUGUCCCACUUCGAACAACUCUGUGUCGCCAGACAGCAUCUCAUCCAUGGCAUAUCGCAACUAUACUCCAUGCUGCAGAGUGGUGGGGACCAGUCCCCCUUAGGGUUCACGAUACGGUGGGAAAUGGAAGCAGGGGUCGAGCUAUCUACUUCAGAUUGGCAAAAGAUCUUCCAAUUGACGCACAGAGGGACCAUCUGUUCCAAAUUCCAGGAAUGCAACUACAAGAUACUGUCGAGUUGGUAUAGAACUCCGGACAUCCUUCGUCAUGUCCAUGAGUCCAUCUCAGGGGAGUGCUGGAGGUGUGGAAACGCGGAUGGUACUGGGAUCCAUAUCUGGUGGUCGUGCCCUCGCAUUGAACCUUUUUGGAGAACGAUACACAAAGGGAUUAAAGACGUUACUGGGACGGACAUCCCUUUCCAGCCGCUGCCAAUGCUACUGAACCACACGAGCAUGCCAAUCACCGCCUACAAAAGGGGUCUGAUGAUACACCUUCUUACGGCAGCAAAAUCUCUCAUCCCCAUGUUGUGGAGAAGCCAGGUAGCCCCUUCACUCCGCCAAUGGAUAGAUAGGGUAGAAAUGAUUUACAACAUGGAAUUGAUGACUGCGUCUCUGCAGGGACGCUUGGAUAAAUGUGCUCUCACAUGGUUUCCAUGGACGGAGUAUACAGCCAGGGGGGCCGCGGGGGGCGCCCGGACCGGGGAGGGUGGGGCGCCCGCACCGGCACGGCUUUCCCCACCCACGACGAACUGACUGAGAUCCGCAGUACCUAUCUGCGGGGAGGGGGGCGCACUUCCCUAUCCAUAUGACUACGACUUCCCUUCCCAUUCCACUCCACACUUCCCAGACGGACGACACACGGAGGCGUUUACCCGAGAGUAGGCUCUCAAGUUCACUCACCCACUAACCUAGCAUUCAGAGCGUUUGGGGAAUGGGGCGUGGAGCACAGAGCAAUGAAUGGAACUAGUCCACGGCGGAGCAGGGGGAUAGCGGGUUGGUGGGGCUCUUGAACAUCUUAGGAGUGGGUAGGUGGUGUACAGGUCGGGGGGGAUUAGACCAGAGGGCGGGAGGUUAACAAUGCUUCCGGGUUGUCUGGGGGGAGGUCCUCUGGCGCUUUCAGUUCCACGCGCUUGGUUCGCCCCGGGCCUCAGAUUCAAUAAAUACAGUGGCACCCGAUUUGAUCCCUAGGGGGCUCCAGCAACUUACGUCAGGGGAGGAGAGGGGGGACGGAGGCGUCGGAGGGCACCCUACAGCUGGCUGACUUCUCACACGAACCACUGCACCAGCGUUGAGGGUCAGUGGUUACCAACAUGACUUUGGGCCAUGGGCUAACCCACUAGGGGGCCGCCUAGAAUACGGUGGUAGAGGCUACGUGCAGUUUAGAAUUCCCGUUCACGAGGUAGCAUGGAAAGCCGCACUCCCCAUGCCCCGCUCUUCGCAUGUGUCCGAGUGUCCCGGGAUUGCGGCCUUGGUUGUCGCUCAGAUGCUUCUGCGCUGUCUAAGUUCUAGCUCUAUUCUUUCGCUAAGACACCAUCAAAUAUCCAGCUGUAUUGGCGGCUUAUGUGGAAUAUAGUGUUCUUUCUUCCUUGCCUAUGUAAAGGUUGCUAAACAUGUUUGAACUUGUGUGUUGUACUAAACGCGCUGUAUUAAAUAAAUGGAAAAAUAAAGAUUGUCAAAAACAAAACAAAAAAAAACCUCCACAAUUAUGGGUCUGAUUUGGAUAUACUAUUUUUGAAUGGAUUGGUUUUACUAUUUUAUUAUUAUAUGGGAUCCUUUAUACUUAUUUGUCCAUACAUCGUAAAAAGUUCAAAUUUUAUGGUUGAUCUUGUACAACGGUCCAGUUAACAUAUUUUACUCUAUUCCCCCAUUUUGUCUACCUUCUGGGGGAAGAGUAUAACCAUCUACUCAUCAUGACGAGCAUCUUAUUAAAUGUGAUAUCUUUUCCAUGAAUUCUUAAUGAAUGGUAUUUUUGGUUGUUUUCCACCUCAUUUUAUACUUUUAUCUGUAUUCCUAAUAAUAUUAUUUUAAUUUAUUUUCUUCACAUCUUAACUAUGUUGAACACAUUUAUUUAAUAUGUAUUUAUUUAUCUUCUUGACCCACACAAAUUAUUUUUUUACACAAAGCCCCUUGGUCGUGACUCCUGGGGGCUAAAGGAUACCUUCGUUGAUUCGUAGUGGUAGUGAGGUCUCUGGACUGUCAUCUAGCUGGCUCUAUGCAUUUUGUCCCACGAUAUUCAAGACUUCCUCAGGAGCUGGAGAUCUCCAUUUCCUGAAGAAGUCCAGAAUAUCGCAGGACGAAACACGUGGACCUCACUACCACCAUAAAAUCAACUACGGUAUCCCUUAGCCCCCAGGAGUCGUGACCAAGGGGCUUUGUGAGAACCUAUUUCCAUCUUUCAGUG